AUGUUGAGAGGUCGCGGUGUAAAUGUUCCUAUUAUAUGCCCUAUGUGUGACUCAGACGUGGAGCAUUUGCUUCAUGUUUUUUUCGAUUGCGAGUUUGCUAGUAGGUGCUGGCAAUACAUGGGAAGUGUGCUAGAUAUGAGGGAGGUUUUCUUUGCUCCUAGUUGGCUUCUGCAGAUUCUCAAUUCCUUGUCACGCGAGGAGGCAGUUCUUGUUGCUACAACUCUGUGGGGAAUAUGGAAUAUGCGUAAUAAGAAAGUGUGGGAGAACAACUGUGUCACACCGAGUUUAGCGAUGGAUUGGAGUAAGAAGCAGGUUAGUGAGUGGAGAGAAGCGCAAAUGAAGAGAUGUGGCUCUCAGACAUUAGCUCAUGAACGGGAUGUGACCGCUGAUUUGAAAUGGGUUGCUCCAGCUGAGGGUGAGUUAAAGCUGAACGUAGACGCAUUGGUUGUGGAGGGCUCUACAUCUUUCUCUAUUGCAAUGGUUCUCAGAAAUCACAACGGCCAAUUUGUGGAAGGUAGGAACUUCAGAGGUGCUGGGCAUGCAACUGUACUUGAGGCUGAAACUCGAGGAUUGGUUGAAACUUUGGACUGGGCUAGGAAUAUACCGGGGAAGAAAGUCACUGUUGAGAGUGACUCAAUGCUCGCUGUUAAUGCCAUCUGCAGGAAGGUGAGGUAUCAUCCAGAGGUUGGUUACAAUAUGGAGCGUUGCCAAGCUAUGCUUGAGGACAACAGGAACAUCUUUCUUUGUUUUAUUAGAAGGCAAGCGAACAAGGCGGCCCAUCUGAUGGCUCGUGUGCCUUGUUCUGUAGAUUGCUUCAAUGUUUUUUGUCUCCUCCUAGCAUUUUGUUGA